UCUCAAGCGCGCAUGAGGCCAGCCGCGGCGAUUACAGCCACACCCGUAUACACCAGGCUCGCCACGCAGUCGGAUGCAGUGGAGAGAGAGCGCCAACUACGUUGGCCGGUACCAAGCCCUCUAUGACGCUGGUGUCGUCGACCCGGCGCCGCUCGCGCUGCCACCACCGCCCAGUGUGCUCCAGCGGCUCUCGCCGCUCAGGCUGCGUUGGGCGUCGUUGCCAUCACUUCUGCAGCGCGCGCUUAUCUGGGACGCCGGAUUUGUCCUUGGCUUUGCUGAUGGCGCGGACGCGUAUGUACAGGUCUACACCAACUGCACGAGCGACCGCAGCGGUGUCCCCAUGGGCGACAUUGCUGUCAACUUUGCAACCUUCCUCAACGGCCAUAUGCCGCUCAACAACCGCACCGAGUGUCAAAGCGCAAGCAAUACGACCGUGCUUCGAUCGCAAAACUGCGACGGAAAGCUCUCGGACGCCAUGGCCAAGUGCGCCAUCGACCUCAACGGCUUUCCGGACGGCCACUCGAGCCAGUUGGCGCAGGACGACCUACCUCUUAAUGACAUUCCCGAGCCGCGCGUCUUUCAGCACGAAGACGUAAACGCUGGCUGGACAAAGCCAGCGAUCCACACACAGCCGCACGGCCGGUACCCCGAGGCGCCGUGGGGCACGUGUCCGCUGCCGGGUCGCAGCGCCCUCACGAUCCCGUGCGAAGUGCGCAACCAGCGCGCCGACUCGACGAAUCGGUGUCUACCUGCACCCAGCGCGGUCAUGGACGACUGGCUCACAGCAUACAAGGCGUCGCUGCCACAGCCCACGUCGGAGACUACCAAUGCCAACAACCAUGCGUCACCCAGCAACCCGACCGUCCAGCUCGUCGGCAUUGCGAUCGGCGGCGUCUUUGGGCUCGUCUUUCUCCUGUACCUCAUUCGGUGCCUCUUCCAACGCCGCGCCGCCCGGUCGUCCAAAGACUCUGCCGCGUCACCGCACGUCUGGGGCCCACGCUCGACGCAGCUCCUCACGAGCAGCCAUGCGAUCGAAGCGUCGCCCGUCGCUGCGCCCUCUUCGUCGUCCUCGGCGCAGUUCCAGCACGAUCCGCGGCUUCUCGCCAAGCGUCUCUCGUACAAGGAUGUUGUCUGCGACCGCGUGCUCUCUCGGUCCGCGACGGCCGAAGUGUGUGUCGGGCGCCUCGGCACCGAGACGGUCGCGAUCAAGAAGACCUUGUCGCCCGAAUCAUUGGAUGUAUUUACAGAAGAGAUCCGCGUCAUGGCGCGGCUGCAGCACCACAACAUUGUGCGCUUCCACGGCUUUGCAUGGGACAACCAGCACCUCUCGUCGCUCGUCGCGGUGACCGAGUACUUGGCGCAAGGCGACCUCCCGGCGUUCCUCCAGCGUCACCGCGCCGCACCGUGGAGCACCAAGCUCUUGCUGGCGCUCGACAUUGCUCGCGGACUUGCCUACCUCCACGAAGAGGCCAACGUGCUGCAUCGCGGCCUCAAGCCCAAGAACGUGCUUGUCAUAGACUCGAUGCACUGCAAGCUCUCGGUCACCGGCCUCCGCCGAGAUGUCCCUCGAGACGAUGCGUUUUACACGGCGCCCGAAGUGCUCUAUGGCGAGCCAGUCACGCGCGAAGCCGACUUGUACGCUUUCGGGUGCAUUCUCGUCGAGCUCGAUCGGCACGAACCGGUCUUCAGCGACCUCCACGUCGCGCCACUCGUUGUGCUCAACAAGAUUCUGAGCGAGGGCCUCCGACCCGCCGUGUCGCCGUCGUGCCCGGAAGCCGUGCGUCUCUUGGCGUCCGAGUGCUUGGCGCGGGACCCGCGGGCGCGGCCCAUGGCCCUCAACCUCUACCGCGAACUCGAGUGGAUGCGCCAAAACGAAGAGUGGGAGAUGCUCUCGGGCCGCGCACUACGCGAAUUUACCAUCUAGUUGUCAAAAAGUCCAUGUCUUCAUGUCUCAUAUUACUGCCUUUGUCUUCGUG